UGACGCCGGUGGCCGCUCUGUGCGCGGUACCGGGCCCGGGCAGCUGCGGGGCCGUAGGACCUCGCGCGGCGUCCGCCAGCUCCGGGGCGGGGGCUGCUGCGGCGAAGCCCCCUCCCCGGGGAGGCGGGGCCUGGGCGAGCUUCCCGGCUGGGGAGCGGCGGCGGCCGGGAAGGAUGCAUCAGAAGCUGCUGAAGAGUGCGCAUUACAUCGAGUUGGGCAGCUACCAGUACUGGCCCGUCCUGGUUCCCCGCGGCAUCCGCCUCUACACCUACGAGCAGAUCCCCGUGUCCCUCAAGGACAACCCGUACAUCACCGACGGCUACCGGGCCUACCUGCCCUCCAGGCUGUGUAUCAAAAGUUUGUUUAUUUUAUCUAAUGAGACGGUUAACAUCUGGAGCCAUUUGCUGGGUUUCUUUCUCUUCUUCACACUGGGAAUCUAUGACAUGACGUCUGUGUUACCGUCGGCAAGUGCUUCCAGAGAAGAUUUUGUAAUUUGUUCUAUUUGUCUUUUCUGCUUCCAGGUCUGUAUGCUUUGCUCUGUGGGCUAUCAUCUUUUUUCCUGCCAUCGAUCAGAGAAAACCUGUCGAAGAUGGAUGGCACUAGAUUAUGCAGGAAUUUCUGUUGGAAUACUGGGCUGCUAUGUCUCUGGAGUAUUUUAUGCAUUUUAUUGCAAUAAUUACUGGCGGCAGGUGUACUUGAUCACAGUGCUGGCUAUGAUCCUGGCGGUGUUCUUUGCGCAGAUUCACCCCAAUUACCUCACCCAGCAGUGGCAGAGGCUCCGUUCUGUCAUCUUUUGUUCUGUUUCGGGAUACGGAGUGAUCCCUACUCUUCACUGGGUUUGGCUCAAUGGAGGCGUCGGGGCUCCUAUUGUGCAGGACUUCGCGCCCCGUGUGCUCGUGAUGUAUGUGAUUGCUGUCCUCGCGUUCCUGUUCUACGUCUCCAAGGUUCCGGAAAGGUACUUUCCAGGCCAGCUGAACUACCUCGGAUCAAGCCACCAAAUAUGGCACAUCCUUGCGGUCGUGAUGUUAUACUGGUGGCAUCAGUCAACAGUGUAUGUCAUGCAGUACAGACAUAGCAAGCCUUGCCCUGACUACGUGUCGCGUUUGUGAAUUCAGGUAUGGCCCCUGGUGUCUUCAGUCGUUAAGCAAUAGGUAACGGGGAGUUGUGUGCCCCGCUGUUUCUAAGGUUCCCAGCAGCCUUUCCUUUCCUCCCUGGUUUGCUGUGUAUAUCAUGCGUACUUCAGAAAAAUGGAACAGCAUCCUUGGGGGUCUGUAAUAGUUCCUGCUUUCUGGGCCCUGAACACUGCUGACUGCGGCUGGAACAGAAAGCGACGUUUCGUCGGCGUGCGUGGGAAACACCUGAAGCGCAGGGGCGGCCGGGGUGGGGGGGGGGGGGCGGGGGGUGUCGUCCUUUGGCCGGACACCAGCUCGAUUGCCUUCGGCCGGGCUCGCGCCGCUGCAGCGUGGAGCCGACCUGUGCGAUUUCUCCGCCCGAAGGCGCUUCGAGCGCAAGGCCAGGUUCCGGCGCCUCAUCAAGGCAGGCGUUGCCGUAGCCUGUGCCUGGCGCGAGCCAAUGGCGACGGGGAGCCCUCGCGCUGUACAUGGACGGUUCGUGAGACACCCGCGCGUGAGAUAUUACUUCCUUCGGCUGUAGGGUCUCUUCUGCCCAGGAACGUUGGGGUUUUAGUUUGCUAGAACAAAACGUUUAAACUUCCUCUCCUUUAAGUUGAGAGAGGCAUUGAGAAAGGGAAAAGGGCUUGUAUUGUCAUUUGCCAUCAGAUAAAAAUCGUAUUAAAAACUGACUACAUGACUGGGUCCCAAAUUCUGGGGCUAAUAACCAAGUGAGAGGCCAUUUGGGCUUUUCAAUUUCAAAUAACAUUAUUUAAUUCCAUAUAAGAAUUGAACUCUUGCCAGCAGAUGGCAGAUUUUUGGUCCCCAAAUUCCUAUAAUGGAAGAUUUUUCACCUCUCUGAGUUUGCAGUCUUAAAUUUCCUGAUGGUGGGGGUUCCCAGGUACAUGGGUGCUACUUUCAAGGCCAUAGAAUCCAGGUGGCCCACCAGUUCCUGACCCUGAAAUGAACCUUAAGCCUUAGAACAGUCACGCAGCUGCCCCGUUUGAUGACACGAUGGCUCGCCUGUGCUCUAGUCUUGCUGCUUAAGCCCGUGGUAGCCUUUUACUGAAAGCGCACAGCAUUGCUAGGCACUGUCGAAGAUUUGGGCCUGACCCUUCAGUGUAUAUUUAAAAGCAGAUCUCACUGCCCUGUCACGCAACAGAGCGCGCUUGUCCUCUGGUCUCUUCAUGUGCGUGAGCUCAACGCCAUGAGGCAGCCACCCAUCAAAACAGGUUGUUUCUCGGAACAUAAAAUAUUACCCACGUUUCCUAAUGGGUUGACAUGAACUGCUUUAAGCACCGGUGUAUCUUCAGAACAUUGAAAUUCCUAAAUAUCAGAAGGUGUUGAUUGAUGGUGGAGUUUACUCCCCAAAUGCCAUCUGAACGCCUGAUGUUUGCAAUGCUAUUUAAUGUGCCUCAGUUUAUGCAACUGUAAAAACUUGUUUUUUGAAUAUAAAUUCCCCUCGCUCGUAUCUCAGCAAGGAGCAUUCUCCGCUGGUAGGCUAAGUGCACCCCAUAUUGUACCCAUUGUUACGAUAGAACUCCACUUUGAAAUGGCCAUUUUACCUCAUAAGACCAGAAAUUUGAUUCAUAUGCAAGUGAUGGGAGAUUUUGGUGGAAAGAUAACAGGAUAUAUUUCCCCUAAAGCAUCCCUCACUGGCUUACAUGACACCAUUGCUUUUAAAUAGAUAUUUUGGCCAAAUGGAAUACACUGAGUAGUUACAAUACAUUUAAAACUGAGGGAGAAGUCUAGUUAUUUUAGGUCUGGCACCGAAGUUUCACUUUAAUUUUUAAAAACAGUCCUUUUUUUAGAGUAUAUGCAUUAUUUAAUACUUGUCAUCUGAAUAGAUAGACCAUACUUUUAGACUGUCUUUUGACUUUAAAAAGCAUACAGGUCUGACUAUAAGGAGAAUUAAAUUUUCCAUGUAAACACUUCAUCUCUUUAUGAACAUAUUGAAUAUUGUAAGAAAGCUCUUUCAUUUUUAUCUUUAAUGUGCUUAUUAUAACAUAGGGAAUGAAUGAAUGUGGAUUGCUGUCAACUAUAAACACUUCUGUUUAUCAGCAUUUAUUGACCACCUACUGUGUGCACAUCACUACUGAUACCAAUUUUUAGGACAUUGUUAACAUUAAAGGAUAACCACUUAAAAAUCGCCUCUGAAUCUGAGCCUUGUAAUAAUGUGUAUUUAUUUUCACUUUGUAGAUUUAUUAAAAUAAGAUUAUUCAGCUUCAGUCUAAGCCUGGUUUUAAUUUUAACAAUGUGUAAAUUAUAAAAGCUCUACCUGCAGACUUUACGAAUACAUUUGGUUGUUUCAAGUUGUCUAUAGUGAUUUAUAAGGUUGUAGUUAACUCACUGAAGAGAAUUAUCUUUCUAUACAAAGCCAUUUUCAGUAGCAACAGUGCUUGUCUUUUUCCUUCUACUGAGUGCGAUUCAGUAAGCUGCACGGCACGACGUGUGCGAUGUAAAUAAACUGGGUUUAUUAAAUAUA